AUGACCAACACCACAUACUGCAAGGAAUGGGUCACUACCGAAGAGGCCUUGCCACUGCCUUCCCAGCCGUUUCUCACGGCCUACAUGUCCGUGCUGGCGCUGGCUGCAUUGGUUUUUGGCGUUACGAUCCGCAGUCUACGGCCGCAGGCCGUCCGUCGCCUGCUAGCCGAUGCCGGAGUGGCGAUGCACAAGGUCAAAAAAACAGCAACGGAGAUCGAGCGCAAGAUCUUCCAUCUCUGUGGCCUUCUGGUUCCCCUGGCAUAUCAGCUACUGCUCACGCACGGCGUGUCCAGAAGUUUCUGUGUGCAGCUGUGUUGGCUCAUCACUGUCCUGGGGGUAAGUGCCGAUUGGCUGCGUGUUCACGUCCCUUUCGUUCGAGAUCACUGGCCUCUGAAGUCCAUCCUUCGCGAGAAGGAGGCGAACCAACUCUGUGGAGGAAGCUAUUUCUCCUUGGGUUGCACUCUGGCCAUCCAAAUAUUUGCGCCCGUGAUCGCGAUGACCUCCAUCCUCUUCCUGGUGAUGGGCGACAUGGUCGCGGCCCUCAUUGGCCGUUCCUUCGGCCAGUCCAUCUGCAGUAUAGGCAUUGGUCCCGGCGGCAAAAAAUCCGUGGAGGGUAGCACGGCCAUGUUCAUGACUUGCUUCGUCUUCGGCUGCACAUUGUUCAGCCCUGUUCACUUGCGAGAAUACGCUGUGGCGAUUGGCUCGCUGGUUGCCACUCUCACGGAGCUCUACGAACCAUUUGGCAUCAAUGACAAUGUGACCAUUCCGUUGCUGAGUGGUGUAGCGCUGACCUUUGGCUUCGCGCGGACAUACUCCUGCGAGCCUGCACGAAGUCCUUUGUUGUGGUACUUGUAA